AUGACGUUGAGAAGUAUUAAAGGAAGGUCGACGCGAAAGACGAUAAAAGAUGACGUUGAGAAGAAUAAGCGCAAAGUCGGCGAGGCAUUGAGUGCAACUGAUUCUAACGACUGUCAAACGGCGGCGGCGGCGGCGGGUUGUGGUGGCGGGAUGAGGAGCUCAGGCGGUGAAAACCCUGAGGAGGAUAAGAAUUGGAAGGGAGUUAUUUCAAACAAUAUUCCCGAUUCUCCGGUGAUGAGUAGCGACGAAGAGAGCGACGACGAACAAUCACCGGCGAAAAAAGUUGGCGGCGGCGGCGUAAAAUCCAGUACCCUUGAUUGCAUGGCUGCGCUGGAAGCAUCUCUGCCAAUGAAGAGGGGGAUUUCGAGAAAUUACAGCGGGAAGUCGAAAUCGUACGUGAACCUGAGCGCGGUGGCCGGAGUGAUGGAGGACGCGAGAGAUUUGGGGAAGAAGGAGCACGCCGUCAACAAGCGGCGACGGCUCAUCAUCGCCCAUGAAUACCCUGACAGAGUGACGGCCGGAGGAGCCGAUUCCGCCGCCGUGACUCAGGCAUCUUCCUCGCCGGCCUUUCUCCCACUCCGUCAGCAUGAAGAGGAAGAGGACGGCGAAUGUGGCGGCGGUGAUUCUCAGAAGAAAUAG